UUCCCUGACACCAUCAACAAAAAGAAGCACAAAGGCCGAAAGGUUAUUCUUCAGGAUGUGCAUACUGUGUUUAUUUUCGAGUUACUAAUUAACGAGCCAACCUUGACAGUAGAAGCUGUUACUGAUCAGCUUUGCACGACUUUCAAGGACAUUCAGACUACU